AUGCUUUGUUUCCCCCAGAGCGCACGGUCCCCAAACGGUGAGACUGCCGGCGGCCCCAGCUCAGCGGGUGAGGUGGACAUGAGGUUGGCAGGCCCCCUCCGGAUCGUGGCCUUGAUCAUCACCGCUGGCCUCACCUGGAUUGUAAUCAGCAUCCUCCUGGGCAGGCCAGGCAGUGGCUUCCCACGCAUCCAGCAACUCUUCACCAGCCCGGAGAACUCAGUGACUGCAGAGCCACGGGCCAGGAAGUACAAGUGUGGCCUGCCCCAGCCGUGUCCCGAGGAGCACCUGGCCUUCCGCAUGGUCAGCGGGGCUGCCAACGUCAUUGGGCCCAAGAUCUGCCUCGAGGACAAGAUGCUUAUGAGCAGCGUCAAGGACAACGUUGGCCGCGGGCUGAACAUUGCCCUAGUGAACGGAGUCAGUGGGGAGCUCAUUGAGGCCAGAGCCUUCGACAUGUGGGCUGGAGAUGUCAACGACCUGCUGAAGUUCAUUCGGCCACUGCACGAAGGCACCUUGGUGUUCGUGGCUUCCUAUGAUGACCCAGCUACCAAGAUGAAUGAAGAGACCAGGAAGCUUUUCAGUGAGCUGGGCAGCCGCAAUGCCAAGGAGCUGGCCUUCCGGGACAGCUGGGUGUUUGUGGGGGCCAAAGGCGUGCAAGACAAGAGCCCCUUUGAGCAGCACGUGAAGAACAGCAAGCACACCAAUAAGUACGAGGGCUGGCCCGAGGCGCUGGAGAUGGAAGGCUGCGUCCCACGAAGGAGCACUGCCAGCUAGUAAGGGGGCACGUGCUGCCUUCCGGCCUGGGCAAGGACAGCAGUGCCAGCACAGGGCUGAAGCCGUGCCCCCACACUGGGCCCACACCCCACCCUGGGCAAGAACACUCUUACCACAACACGUUGGGGCUCCGUGGUGGCGACUGAAGUUUGGCCUUGAGGUGGUGGGGGCUGCAGGGACCGGCCCCACUGUGCUUUGUCACAGGGCCUCAGGUACCCAUGUCUUUCUUGUCCUAAUGCUGCUUUUUAUGGUCAACACCCCUCAGCCCUGCCUUCUCCAUAGAACAGCUUUGUUCAUGUACCAUCUGCCAGAUUCCCAAGCGCCCCCAGCUGGAAGGGCCCUCUGUGCUUGCCCACCAACUGCCCGCCCGACCAGGUCAUGCAUCUUCACCAGCUCGCUCCCGCCUGGGCUGCCCACUGCACUGGGGUAGCCCCGGUUCACUGUGAUUCCCUCCAGGGAGCCCGACCUGG